AUGACAUGUUGGGUUAGCCCAAUUGUCGCUACGAGGCGACGGUUUCACUUUUUGUUCCCCUCUGUUCUGCAGGAAAAAGAGGCGCUUCAAUCUGUCAAGGGUAAGGGGCCACCUCUGUCCAAGUUCUGGAGAGACAAGUACGAGAGAGAGGCGAGGAAGAGCUGGGACUUGUUCUACGGCCGUAACGCCGGGAAUUUCUUCAAGGACCGACACUAUCUAGGAACGGUAUUUCCGGAGCUGACUGAAACCGGCGCCGACUUGGAGUUGUCACAAAGGCUCGAAAAAUCGGAAGUAUAUCGCAACGGCGACGGCGGUGAGACCGUUACCGAGAACGGUACUCGGAGAAAGGCUCGUCGGCUGGGCAGAAGGACUCUGUUGGAGCUCGGUUGCGGCGUGGGCAACGCGGUAUUUCCUCUCCUUGAAGAGAACCGUGGGCUCUUCGUCAUCGCGGCAGACCUGUCCCCUAGAGGGAUCGGGGUGCUCAAGCAGCACCCCAAGUACAGCUGCGGACGGUGCGAGGCCUUAGUGCUAGACGCUACCGCCGACGACCUCCCCCCCGGUGUGUUGGAAGACGGAGGCGUGGACUUGGUCCUGCUGCAGUUCAGCCUGUCGGCCGUAGCUCCCAAAGACAUGGCGACGGUGGCCAGGCUCGUCGAGACGGCGCUCAAGCCCGGGGGCAAGCUGCUUGUGCGGGACUACGGCAGGCACGAUGAAGCGCAGCUAAGGUUUGCGAAAGGGCGGCGAUUGGGCGACAACUUCUACGUCCGACAGGACGGUACGACGAGCUACUUUUUUUCCCUGGAAGACCUGAGGCAGCUCUUCUGCGGCAGUUCUCCUGGCGGUUCGGGACUUCGAGAUAGCAGCAGCAGCAGCAGCAGCAGCAGCAGCAGCAGCAGCACUUGUUCCGGCCAGAGCAACCGCGGGUGGUUUGACGGGGGGGCAAGCCUGGUCGAAGAGGAGCUGUCGUUCGUGAGGAGGCAGUACGCGAACAGGGCGCAGAAGGUGGCGCGGAGGAGAGUGUGGGUACACGGAAAAUUCCGAAAACCGAUGCACUCGAUGGCGGCACCGGUGUAGAAACUGUAUACAAAUGUUUGAGCAGGUGUUUUCCCGAGUGUUGUCUCGUAGGGAUGGACCAGUUUUUUUCAGGACUGAUACGUUGUCGUCGACAGCUGACGCUGCUGUACUUUUUUUUUCGUUUUCAUUUUUCGUCGUCUCAUUUAUCCCAUGCUCUUGGAACGUGCCCGUCGUGUCGUGUAAAUCGCCUGGGGUCUCGCCCUCGCCUAGACCAUGCAAAUCUUCAUCUUGGUGCCAUUUUUGUCACCGAAGUGGACAAAAUCCGCCUGUCUGUCGAGAAAAUGGUCGGUUGCUUAACCCUCCGUCGUCUUUACUUCUGUUCCAUGCAGCAGUCAACCUUGCCUGGUGAUUUGUUCUCCGUGAGGCAGGGCAAGCCUCGGCAACGCGCGUCUUUCCCGUAGGACUUUUACCGCAAGGAUGUGCGGAACAAGCCGCCGGGGCUUUAUUGUGCGGUACAGCAAAGUAGUAGUGGAACGUGAUCUUAUGUAUGUUGAGCGUGUUGCUCUCGCUUCUGGGCGGCAGCCAGGC